AUGAUUGCAAUCUCGUUUCUUUUUUUCUCUUCUCCGUUUUCUUCAACUUCGGAAUCGAGGAUCGUGGGUCGAUCGGUUCAUAGUCACCGAUCAAGACCCAGCUGUUCUAUUUCAUCCUAUUUUAUUCCCGUAAGAAUGGAAAUGGAAUCAUCUAAGCUGUUCAUUGGUGGGAUUUCCUGGGAGACGAGCGAGGAUCGUCUUCGCGAGUAUUUUCAGAGUUUCGGUGAGGUUAUAGAGGCUGUGAUCAUGAAGGAUCGAGCCAGUGGUCGUGCUCGUGGAUUUGGUUUCCUUGUCUUCGCUGACCCCAAUGUUGCUGAGAGAGUCGUCUUGCUCAGACACAUUAUCGAUGGUAAAAUUGUUGAGGCAAAGAAGGCAGUGCCAAGAGAUGAUCACGGAGUGUUGAACAAAAGUAACAGCAGCCUCCAGGGAUUACCUGGCCCAGCUAACUGCAGGAAGAUAUUUGUGGGAGGUUUGGCUUCAUCGGUGACAGAAGCUGAGUUCAAGAACUACUUUGCUCAGUUUGGGAUGAUCACUGAUGUUGUGGUCAUGUAUGACCACAGAACUCAGCGGCCGAGAGGCUUUGGGUUUAUCUCGUAUGACUCAGAGGAAGCUGUAGACAAAGUCCUGCAGAGGACAUUCCACGAGCUCAACGGCAAGAUGGUGGAAGUCAAACUCGCCGUUCCUAAGGAGAUGACCCUGACCCCAAUCCGGAACCAAAUGAAUGUAAAUAGCUUUGCAAGUAGUAGAAUCAGCGCAUUGCUUGAUUACACCCAAGGAUUCAGCCAGAGUCCAGUCUCAGCUUAUGGAGUGAAACCUGAGGUUAGGUACAGUCCAGCAGUAGGUAAUAGGGGUGGAUUCUCACCAUUUGGACAUGGUUAUGGAAUCGAGCUCAACUUUGAGCCAAACCAGACUCCCAACUAUGGAUCUUCUGUUUCCAGUGGAGGCUUUGGACGUCCUUUUAGCCCUGGAUAUGCUGCGAGUCUUAACAGGUACGGUAACCAGAUGGAGACGGUAGGAGCCAGUGUUGGGAACGGUUCUGCAGCAACAAAGAACCAUUUAUGGGGAGGAGCUAGUGGUGGUCUAGGUCACAUCUCAAACUCUCCGAUCUCCAGAAGCACUCCUAAUGGAAUGUCUUCUUCACUAGGCAGCAUCGGAGACAACUGGGGAGCAUCUGGACGUGGACGUAGCGGCUACCGCGGGGAGGGAGGAGUCAUAGGAUUAGAAGCAAUGAGAGGAGGUCAUGUUGGUGGUUACAGCAGUGGCUCAAGCAGCUUGGAGGCAGACUCUCUGUACAGUGAUUCGACUUGGUUCUCACUGCCUGCAAAGGCGGAUGAGAGAUUGGGAAUGGGAGCAUUGGACUUCAUGUCUAGAGGACCAGCUGGAUACAUCAACAGGCACCCAAACGGAGGAAUUGCAGCUUAG